AGCUCAGUUGCGAAUAACCAACUGAGGGAUAUGUAUCGUACGAUUCGGCACAUGUACGCAAGUACAACAUGCCCUCAUCCAAUGUUGAGGGUUGUCCUUCGCAACUGAUCGUCUGGUGUGAUGUCGCGUGCCAAACAUACUAGUCACUGUGGUUCACGCCCGACGCUACUCGUCAUGCGGGCGUACUGCGAUGUCUGGAUUCAGCUCCAGAUCCCCGCGGCCGCAGGUACGGGGGUAGCGCCAACGUUAUAUACCCAAAAAGCUGCUUCAACGGUUGCGCCUUGUCGUAGAUACAGACAACGUGGUUGUCUUCAUGACCUCCUGUUACUGGCCCAAGUGAACGACUUCAAUAUUUGUGUCGUAUACAGUUGUCGCUGUUUCCCUGCGAUGUUGGUGUCUUCGCUCUAUCGUGUUGUACGUGUAGGGGUGUCGAGCUUUACUUGGCUGGGCCUGACUCGUGGUCGUUGCAAACGGGGAAUGCUGCUUCAUUUGAACGUCAAGUACCCCGAAGUGGAGAUACGACAUGCAACCGAUAACCCAAUCGCAAUCUCAUUUAUGAAUGAGAGCAACCAAUACCAAUAUUUUGCGCCGUAAAGUUAUACCCAAUAGUAUUCUGCGCGGGGUACACAAUAGCCAUGAUUCUCAGCGGAGGUUGGUCGGCGGCAACGUGAUUGUCGAACAGAAGCCGGUCUGUGUCGUUUACAGAGACGUUGGACAACAACUUAUUUACUUCGUCAUUUUGAG